AUGAAUACUGCCAAAGAAUCCAAACUGUUUUAUAUCAUCGAGGAGAACAUUACCAAUACUACCUUCACUUUUCUAGACCGCAAAUCCUGGUCAGAUAAGACGGGCCUUGACUACGCCGACCGGCUGGGCUUUCCACUAGAUAUUGAAUCCAUCAAGAUCACCUUCGGAGGAAAAUACUUUGCCGCCUGUUGCUUUGCUGCGGUUGUUCAGUAUGUUGAGUUCGAAUUGAAUAGAACCUUCAUGGCGCACUCUCUUCGAAUCCGAUUCGAGCCUUCCCAAGGGUCAAUGUCAAUUGACCUACCCACCAUUUUCUCCUUGGAAUUGAUUCAAAACCUUCAUGUGAGAAAGUCGAGGGAGAGCUUAUAUGGUCUCCUUAAUGAGACUCUCACGCCUAUGGGCGCAAGAAUCCUACGAGCCAACGUCCUGCAGCCUUCGACGGAGGAGUCGAAGCUAUUGGCAAGAUAUGACGCCGUGGAGGAUUUGUCCACUAAGGAGGAGAUGUUCGCGUGUAUAAGGCAAGCCCUGAAGGGAUUUGUCGAUGCGGACAAAGUCCUCACGUCGCUCAUUCUUGUUCCUACCAAACAAACGUUUGAAUACCUCCAGCAGUGUGUGAAUAACGUCAUCAUGUUGAAAACAUACGUUUCUUCAAUCAAGCCAGUGUAUAAGGCACUUGGCCCGGCGCAAAGCGACCUAUUACUGACAAUCAGAGAGGCAUUGCUCCAAUACAUCGAUACUUAA